CUCUAGGAGCAAGUCUAAAGACACGCUAGUUGCUACGCGGGAGAUGAGUUUACAUCUGACGUCAUCCCUGAUGAAGCCAACUCCUUCUAUCUGGACCAGUUCAACAUGGACCAGUUUGUUACUGUGGAUGAGGUGGAAGGGGAUGAGGCUGAGAACACCGACCCCGCAGUCAUCCUCAUCUUCGUCACACAAGACACAAGAUAAGGCCUCGGAAAGGUCAAAACGAUCGUCCAAACGCAGGAGGGGUACCCCAGAUACCCCAUCUCCGAAAUCUAGCCUGGAGCACAAGGAGACACCCACGGCCUCCUCCUCUACCCCGCCUGCUCAGAAGACUCCACGAAAAGCCGCAGCAAAAAAGGCAGCAACUAAACCUCAACCACCUGCCACCUCUGGACGCAAGACCAGGUCAUCAGCAGCUGUUGUUGUAGCAACCGAAGCCGCAGAAACCCAGGAAGCUGCCGACGACAACACCAGCAUAGCCGAUACGGAGGCGGAACCUGUUGCCUUGGAGACUCGGUCUCAGUCGGAAGAGGAAGUCGUAGUGGUCACUAAGGGAUGUGACACAGAGGAUGUAGUACCGUCAUCCCACCACAAGAUGUCAGUGUUGGACACUGCAGUGACCGACAACAAGGAAGAGAAAAGUGCUGUGUCAGAAAGCGAUAUGGAAACGACCGCUGAAAAACCUCCAGAGCUAGAGGGGAGCGAGGAGACGACCCAGGCUGAAAAAGGUUCCUCGAUUCUGGGUACCGAGGCACAGAAUGGAGCCUGUCCACUGGAGCUUGGUCUGACCCAUCCGUCUGCCUCAGCCAAGGAGCAAAACCUUCAGAAGGCCCUGCAACUACAAGAGGUAGAGACGGUGUCGGGUCACCAGGUGCCCCAAUCACUUAUUGAUAAAGUACCUGAUGAUGAUGGUGAAUUCCAGAUACUCGACGAAGCUGUGGACGAUGACACACCUAGAGACGGAGAAGAGGGCAGUCAAGAACAGUCCGGAUCUCUAUCUCUGGGUGACCAGGCGCCUGCAGCCUCCAAAUCUACAGGUUCCCAGGUGCCUCAAGCUACACUAGAGGAACACGAAGAGAUCUCCAACGAAGAAGAUUCUGCUUUCCAGAUCCUCGACUCUCUAGAAGACACUGAAGACAACAUGGCCGACUCCUCUCUCGCAGGCCAAGGGGGCCGAAGAGAUUCUCUACCCGGAGAGAUGGAGGGGUUCCAGAUACUAGAUUCAGUCGACGAUCAGACGGAAACGACCCAAGUUCUGGACAACCAUACGACUGACUCGAAAUGUCAGGGGGGCUCCAAGCCUCUCAAGGGGGGUAAGAAGACACCCCAAAAGAAGGGGAAAAAGGAGAUUAAGAAGGGAUCCAAAACUCAAGAGGUGACCAAGACCCCAACAGGAGAGUCCGAGGGGGUACACCGAAAAAGAGUAAUCUUGUCACCUUGGAUGAGGUGAGCGAGGAGGAGGAGGAUUACCCAGAUGACGCCGCCGAAGAGGAAGAACUUAUUAAGAAACAAAAACUGGUGAAGGAGAAGCAGCGAGAGAAGGACAGAGGGAAGGAGAGAGAGAAAGGGCGGAGGAGGAGUAGAGAGAAGGAACGGACAAGGGAGGAGGAGAGAGAGGAGAGGGUCGGAGUGGAUACUGAGGGCUUGGUGACUUUGGAUGAGAUCGGAGAGGAUGAAGGAGCGGAGGGCCUUGCCUGGAGCCACACCCCUUCAGCCAGGAGGACGAAUCAGGAGACACCUUCAACCCAGAGACUCUGGUAACCCUGGAUGAGGCUGGAGGUGAUGGGGAGGAUGAUGAGGAGGAAGAGCAGAACAAGAGUCCUGAACCAGCGCAGAACCAGCAAGCUGACCA